GUGAUUUAAAUCAAGAGUCCAAGCUUGGUCACAUACGACCUUUAAUACACAAUCAGAAAGCAUAACCGGCGGCGGACACUGUCCAGACGCCUUGAGAUACAACCAUGGAUGCCAUAAACGGAGCUGCCAAAACAACAUCGCACGCCUAUUUAGAGGGCAGCAAAGUCAAAGAAACCAAGGCCCUCAUCGCAGAGCUAUGCCGCCACUUCUACCACCUCGGCUGGGUCUCCGGCACCGGCGGCAGCAUCACAAUCAAAGUCCACGACGAUGCUAUUCCCAAACCCCAACAGCUUAUCGUCAUGUCACCAUCAGGUGUGCAGAAGGAGAGGAUGAUGGAGGAAGACAUGUAUGUGUUGUCCACGGAUGGGACUGUGUUGUCUGAGCCACUGUCGAAGCCAUGGCCGAAUAAGCCUCCUAAAUGUUCUGAUUGUGGUCCAUUGUUCUUGAAGGCAUAUGAAUUGCGUAAUGCAGGUGCUGUCAUCCACAGCCAUGGCAUGGAAUCUUGCCUUGUAACAAUGCUCAAUCCAUCUUCAAAAGAAUUUCGUAUAACUCAUAUGGAAAUGAUCAAAGGAAUUCUAGGGCAUGGUUACUAUGACGAGCUUGUUAUUCCAAUCAUAGAAAAUACUGCGCAUGAAAGAGAGCUUACCGAAUCUCUUGCAAUAGCAAUAGAAGCGUACCCAAAAACCACAGCAGUCCUAGUUCGCAACCACGGAAUAUAUGUGUGGGGAGAUUCAUGGAUUAGUGCUAAAACACAGGCUGAAUGCUACCACUAUCUAUUCGAUGCUGCUAUUAAACUUCAUCAAUUAGGCUUGGACUGGUCAACCCCGUCUCACGGUCCCAUUCAUCAUCCUGGUGGAGGGCAGUCGAGCCUCAGGAAUGCUGAACUCUCUGCAAAUGGGGGCACCCUUUCUUCAAAUAGUGGAAGUGGACAGCCAAGGAAGUGCAUUGUACUGGACAUCGAAGGAACUACAACUCCCAUAUCAUUUGUAGCGGAUGUUCUCUUUCCAUAUGCUCGUGAAAACAUAGAAAAGCAUUUGGUGCUGACGUAUGAUACUGCAGAAACACAAGAUGAUAUUAAGCUACUAUGUGCACAAGUAGAUGAAGACUUGAAGAAUGGCGUUGCUGGUGCUGUUCCCAUUCCGGUUGAUGGAGGAAAGGAGGAGAUAACUGGUGCUGUAGUUGCGAAUGUGAGGGCAAUGAUUACAGCUGACAGGAAAAUUACUGCCUUGAAACAAUUGCAAGGUCAUAUAUGGCGAACUGGAUUCCUGAAUCAUGAGUUAGAGGGAGUUGUAUUCGAUGAUGUUCCUAAAGCUCUCGAGAAGUGGCAUUCUCUUGGAAUAAAGGGGUAUAUAUAUUCGAGUGGGAGCAGACUAGCUCAGAAGCUCUUGUUUGGCAACACUAAGUACGGGGAUCUCAGGAAGUACUUGUGUGGGUUUUUUGACACCACGAUAGGGAACAAGAAAGAAACUAGUUCCUACGUGCACAUUACCGAAACUCUAGGAGUCGACAACCCAUCAGAGAUUUUGUUCCUGACUGACGUCUACGCAGAAGCUACAGCUGCAAAAGCAGCAGGUAUGGAGGUGAUAGUCUCCAUUCGGGCUGGAAACGGACCUCUUCCAGAGAGUCAUGGCUUUCGGACAGUGGAGUCAUUUUCGGAGGUCUGAAUGCACAAAGCUGUGAUGUGUAAAAUUCAACACUCUUUUGCUGGAGGCCAACUUCUGCUGACUUUUCCUGUUUCUACUCAAUUGUGCUUUCUGAAAAUAAAAACCAUACAAGGAAGGAUCUAAUGUUGCUUUUUCUCCCAACUCCAUGCUUGUUUUUAAAGUAGCAGUCUUGUUAAACAUCAGUAUCAGAUUGUAUUGUGUCAUGAAACCAAAUCUUAAACGCAACAGUGUAUUUUAUA